AUGGCGGAAUUUGUAGAAAAAAGAUGCGAGGAUAUGAUUCCUAUAUUAGAACAGAUGGAAAGGAUUAAACUUUUUGAUAAACAUGAAAUUCGGUAAAAAAAUUAGGUUAAGUUAUGCUUUUUGACACAUUGUUUACUUUGAAUAAAUUGUUUCAUAUUUCUAUGAAUUACAUAGAGCAGUUGCAAAGAAACUUAAAGAAUAUGAAUAUAAAAUUCAACGACAUACAAAAACUAAAGAAGAUUAUUUAAAGUACAUACAGUAUGAAAUGGAUCUACUUAAAUUAAUUAAGCAACGCAGAGAUAAAUUUGGUAUUACUCAAAAGAAGUCAGAUAUCGAGCACACUAUUACAAAUAAAAUGAACCAUUUAUAUACAGAUGCAAUAUUUAAAUUUCAAGAUGAUAUUCGUUUCUGGAUUGCUUACAUAAAAUUUUGUAAGCAUUUUCAUUUCCACAACAAUGUUAGUCACAUGUUAGGCAAAAUGUUGCAAGUUCAUCAAGAUAAACCUAAAUGUUGGCAUAUUGCUGCAUGUUGGGAAUUAGAAGAAAAUAAAAAUAAAGAGACUGCACGUCAAUUCUUUCUUAGGGGUUUACAUAUACAUCCAACUUCUCAAUUAUUAUUUACUGAUGCUUUUAAAUUAGAAUUAGAUGAGGUGUCAACUAAUGAUCAGAAAAAUGAAAGUAGUGGUGACAAUACAGUAUCAACUGAAACUGACAAUGAUAUGUCUAUUGGACUAAAACGAGCUUAUAUCAUAUAUCAGCAAGCAUCAAAACGUAUCAAAGAUAUUAAAUUUAUAAUAGAAUUAUUGAAUAUUGCAAAGGAUUAUAAUAACACAGAAAAGUUACAAAAUAAAAUCGUUAGUGACAUGAUAGAAGAAUAUACUCAUGAACCCCUGAUGUGGGAUACAAUGGCUCGACGAGAGUUAGAAGGACUUGUUCAACCUUCUCUUAGUAAUGCAGUAAUGCAAGUUGAUAGUUCAGAACAAACUUCAUUAAGAGAUCGUAUAACGGCUUGUAAUAAAGUUUAUCAAACUGCAGUUAAAAAAAUUAAAACUGAAGAAAUGUGGUCUUUGUAUAUAGAAUGUUUAAUAGAAAUUAAUCAGAAAACGGGAACUCUAUCUCUACCAAAUUUUAAAAGAAAAUUACUAAAAACUGCACUAUCACAGGCAUACCAAGCAAAAAAAUUAAAAGAAAAAUAUUAUUUACAUUGGAUCAACAUAUUGAAUGCUGAAAAGAAAGAUGAAACUACAGAAAAAAAAUUAAAAGAAAUUCUGAGCGUUGCAACUGAAACUAUACCAGAUAGUGUAAAUCUUUGGCAUGCUAGAUUAAAAUAUUUGUUUGCUUCUGGAGAAGAAGAAGAAGCUGAAACUGUAUUUUCUAAGGCAAUACAAAUUCUUGCAGAAAAAUCAUUGCCUUUGUGGAAAAUAAAAAUACUGUAUAUGCAAGCAAAGUGUCCUGAAAAAACUGAACAAGUUUUCCAAGCAGCUUUGCAAACAAAACCAACUAUUAUUCAAGAGAUAAAAGUUAUUUACAUUGAGUGGCUAGUUUUAACAAAAAACAUACAAGCUGCAAGAAAAAUUUAUGAUAAUCUCUGUUUACAACCUCCUUUUUCUCUUGAAAUGCACAAAAAGAUGAUAGAACUAGAACUUAUGCAACCUGAAAUAUCAUUGAAACGUGUAAGAAAAUGCAAUGAAAUGUCAGUUUUGCAAUUUGGUAAAAAUAAUACAAGUGUUUGGAUAAAUUAUAUGACAUUUGAAAUGAAACAUGGCGAUCCAAAGAAAACUGGAGAAUUACAUGGAAGAGCAGUAAAAACUUUAGAACCAGUAUUGACAGAUUCAUUUAUUUCAGAAUUUAGUUUAAUUAAAGCCAAACCAGAUACUAUUAACACUGAUGCAUAA